GAAUUCCGUUUUUGAGACAUUAAAAAAUUUCCCCUCAAUCAUUUAUAAAGAAGCCUGUGCUUCAUUCAGAACUAGUCUCCCAACAGAAACACAAGCAACAAACUUGCUGCAAUAUAUUCCUGUUAUAUCUAUCACUAGUAUGGUCAUCUCAGUCAUAACAAUAAGCAGCACCAAUAUCUCUGUCUGAUCUCUCCCACUCUUAAUUUACUACACUGUUGAUCACAUUUAAAGUACUGAAUAUUUAAAGUUAAAUCUCAUACAAUAAUUGUGAAUUACAAAUCAAUCAAUCUAUCUAUCUAUCUAUCUAUCUAUCUGUCUAUCUAUCUAUCUAUCUAUCUAUCUAUCUAGUUAGUUAGCAAUACACACAAACAUACAUACAUAUACGCAUACAUACAUACAGUCACACAUAUACGUAUUCACCCACUCAGCCACACACCAUGUUGUCAGGAAUUGCUGAUGGCAUCAGUUCCCAAGCAGAAAAAUCUGUUGACAAUGAAGCAAGCAUGGAGACAUUUCAGAGCUUAUUUUUGACAAAGGAAUUGUUAUACCUGUGUUUAUGUUCUCUUGCAUUGGAAUUACCCCAGACUAAGGCUAAGUUGUAUCUUAUGAUCAAAUUAGCUGCUGUUUUGGCCAUAUACUGGCUAUCAAACAGUUUGUUGCCUCAACAAAGACAUAUAAGGGAUCUUAUUAUAGUCAGCCUUAUUCUGCUGCUAAUUAACAAGAAUAUAAAGAAAUUGUUGCUGAACAUCAACAACAAAGCCAUACUUGUAACAGGUUGUGAUCAGGGAUUUGGCCAUGGGCUAGCAGUGAGACUUGACAAGCUGGGAUUCAUUGUGUUUGCAGGAUGUCUGUACAAAGAUGGUGAAGGUGCCCAUUCAUUGCAGAGAAAGUGUUCUAGCAGACUUCAUGUCUUGCAGCUUGAUGUCUCAGAUUGCAGCCAAGUUGAGAAUGCAUUUGAAAAGGUUAAAGACAUUUUAGGAGAAGAAUCUUUGUGGGGAUUGGUUAACAAUGCUGGAAUAUGUUACAUAGGCAAUUCAGAAAUAAUAUCUACAGAUGAUUCACUUAAGAUUAUGGAUGUCAACUUUCGAGGGCCAUUCCUGUUGUGCCGCAAAUUCUUACCUUUACUCCGCAGAAGUCAAGGUCGGAUUGUAAAUGUAUCCAGUAAUGCUGGUUUAGCUCCAGUAGCUUUGAUGGGUGCCUACUGUUGCUCAAAAUCUGCUCUCUUCAUGCUGUCAGAAGUUCUCCGUGCUGAGAAUGAGCAGUGGGGAGUGAAAGUAUCCACAAUUGUGCCCAGUGGUUAUAAAACAGGUAUAAUUUCUUAUGACAAAGUUGAAAUGGCUCAAAAAUGGUGGCAGCAAGCACCAAAGAUUGUACAGAAAGAUUUUGGGAGAGAAGGAUUUUUUAUCAACACAAAACAUACUGACAGCAUGUUAUCCAGUGACUUCUCUCCGGUGUUUGAAGCAAUGAUAGAUGGCCUGCUUUCACCAGAACCGAAACAAAUUUACUACAAGGGGUUUCUAUCACGCUUGAUACCUUUUCUCUACUCACAUCUACCUUAUUGCUUAUGGGAACCAAUUGCAGGUAUUCUCACUGAAUGGUUUGAGUUUACACCAGCAUAUAACCCAAAAUGAAGGAGUUAGGGAUAGUUUUAACUAAGUAAUUUGAAAGUAAUUUUUAAAAAACUAUCUAAAGAAAAAGUAUCAUAAUUGGAAUGCAAAUAAAGAACGUAUAAUGAGGAAAAAUCUGAUGAUGAACAAUUCUUUUGAUUCAAAUAUCUUUGUCAUUUGCGAAAUCGCAACAUUCUGAUACUUUUAUGGUUUAGGGACAUUACGCAUGUUGAACAUCUGAUGUAUAUCGCUGUUCAUCUCAUAUUGAAUGUAUACUGUGUAACAUAGUAUAGUGUACAUCAUACAUUUUACUAUUCACCAUAAUGUACAUCAAACUGUACAUCAUAAUGUACAUCAAAUGAUAGUUUUUUUCUGUACACCUUGUGACACAUCAUCGUGUAUGUCAUAGUGUACAUCACACAGUACAUCUUAUGACACAUCAUAGUGUACACCAUAUAGUAUUUCUUACUAUAUAUUAUAGUGCAGAACAUAAGGUGCAUCAUGAUUUAUAUCUUACAGUACAUUUUAAAGUAUAUCACAGUGUACAUCAUAAUGUACAUCAUAGCAUAAACCAGUCUAAUUAUAUAAUUUCGUCCAAGAGAAGAGAGUUUAUUAUGCUGAUCAUUUUGCCCUUUCAUAAAAUAUUUAUUUUGUCUGCUAUUCUGCCUGCAUAUGCUAUAAUUCAUUGUAAUAUAUUUUCAAACUGUAUUUUUCUAAUGCUUUCAAUCUCAUGUUUGUACUUCCCUGCUGGAAAAAUAAUUUAAAACAAACUUGUUAUCUUGUACUUGUCCACUUUAUCAAGAUUUAUUUUAAGAUGUUUAAACCUUGAAGUAUUUUUCUGUAGCAGAACACUCUUCUUAUAUGACUUCAGCAUUGGUGGUCUUGGUUUUUGUAAAGAAAUUGUGUCAAAUACUUGAAUUUUUUUUUUCCAAUUCGGUGACUACUUGUAAUGACUUAAACAAAUGCAGUAUAUCUACAUAAAUAAAUAAAGUUUAAUGAUUAACAAAUGAAUUUUUGGCUAA